AAAGAAAAGAAAACACAAAGCAAAUAGAAACAGAAACAAAAUGAAUUCAUCAAGCAAAUGCUUUUUCUUUGUGUUCUUCUGCUUGGCUGCUCUCUUGACUCCAUAUCUUGUGGAAGCUGAAGAUAGGAGUAAGCUAAUUCCCAUAGGUCCAUGUUUGCAGAUUCGGGACUGCAAUCAAACAUGCAUUGACUCACAAUUUCUAGGCGGAAAAUGCAUCAAAUGGUAUCCAGACUCCAUCAAAGAAACAUGUGCUUGUUUUGUAAAACCUUCUACCUCACCUGUUUAAGAUCUAUAUUUACAAUGGAAAAUCAUGUUUGUAAUAAA